CCAUAAGUAUAUUAUUCCUGAAAAUAUGAAACGGAAAGGGAAAAGAUGAAAAGAAGCGUCGGCGAAGCUCCGACAGUCGAACAAUCGCUCUCUCAGCUUCCGAUUCUUCCAACUCGCUCGGAAUCGGUCCCGACUCACCACCGAUUCCUCUCCAACUCUGACUAUCUUCCUCCAAUCCCCUGCUUUUAAUCCCUCCUCUUCAUCUCAUCCGCGUUCGCACGGCCUCCUCUCUUAUGCUAGAUCUCUUGAUCUCUCAUUCCAGAUUCAUUCUCAGCCGUCAGAUUCUGCAAAACCCCAAGAAUUCUUUGCCGAUCUAGGGUUUUAAAAUUCGGAUCCGAUCCAUGGCGUCGAUCCGGCGGACUCAAUCCCCCGCCUACCAUGACCGACCCUACAUCAACGGUUUAGAUCCGUUCUCGAUCUCGGGAUCGUCGUCUCCGUUGUCCCACAAGAUCCUGUCUUCUCCGCAGUCGAAUUCGCCGCGUCUUGCUCUGAUCGUCGUCGGAUUCCGCCGCUUCCUGACGGGGAAGCGGUCAUUCCACCGGUUCUUGCUCUGCUUCAUGCUCGGGUUCUUGCUUGGCUUCGCCCCCUUCUCGGACGUUCGCGACGAUGUUGCCGAUCUCCACCACAGCCGAGACGAGUACACGUUCGAGGUCCGGCCGCCUCACCACCGGGCGAUCGAGGCCGUACGUCCGGAUCGGAUCAUAUCGGUAGAGCUGGAGACGAGGCGAGAGACGGACGAGGAGUUUGAGCAGCGGACUCCGUUGAUUGUUGUGACCCCGACAUACAAUCGUGCGCUGCAGGCUUAUUAUCUGAAUAGAUUGGGGCAGACGCUGCGGCUGGUGCCACCUCCUCUUCUGUGGAUUGUGGUGGAGAUGAAUUCCGCAUCACCGGAGACUGCUGAGAUACUGAGGGGGACAGGUGUCGUGUAUCGGCACCUCGUGUCUAAGAAGAAUUUCACGGAUGUGAAGGAUAGAGGGAUCCACCAGAGGAAUGCUGCCCUCGAGCAUAUUGAAUUGCAUCAUCUUGAUGGGGUUGUCUACUUCGCCGAUGAUGACAACAUCUAUUCUUUGGAGCUCUUCGAACAAAUGCGAGAUAUCAGACGCUUCGGUACAUGGCCUGUCGCCAUGCUGGCUCAAAGCAAAAACAAGGCAGUGCUAGAAGGCCCGGUAUGCAACGGAAGUCAGGUAAUUGGGUGGCACACCAAUGAAAAGAGUAAGAGGCUUCGAAGAUUUCAUGUCGACAUGUCAGGCUUUGCAUUCAACAGCACCAUUCUCUGGGACCCCAAGAGGUGGCACCGGUUGAGUCCACUUCGGAUUAGGCAGCUGGACACAGUGAAGGAGGGGUUUCAAGAGACCACAUUUAUGGAGCAGGUAGUUGAAGAUGAAAGCCAAAUGGAAGCUGUACCUCAUGGCUGUUCAAAGGUCAUGAAUUGGCACCUCCAUUUGGAAGUUCGCGUUCUCGCUUAUCCAAGGGGAUGGCUACUUCCGAAGAACCUUGAUGUUGUUAUUCCUCUCAAGCGAUAGUGGGUCCCACUGCAUCAUAUACUCACUAAUGCAAGCUCUUUGAUGAGAUCAUACAAUUGUGGGCUUUUGCAUCCUGCAAUGGGUGAUCAGCAGCGGCAGCAUUUCCUUCACUAGCAACAAGCGAGGGAGGACUGUAUCUUUUUGAACUCGUCUGAUAUUCUUUUGCGGGAGAUGAACGUUCAUCAGAGCUGUGUAGAAGGAUUUUGAUUGUGUUUGUGCAGGGGGAGGGAGGCUCAACUGGCCUCCAGGUUUCUCUUCCAAAGCAUGCCAAAUGGCGUCCCAGUUGUCGGCUUAACUUCACCGCCCACUAUAACGUUGGUGGGGGGGACCACGUCAUGUAAGAAGCUGUUGCUUUCUCAGCAUCAAUUUUCCUCGUGUUGUAUGACUUGGUGUGAAUCAUGUCGUUUGGCAUGGAUUCAUUGUACAUUUCCCUAGUCAUUGGCUCUUUCUUUU